GCCAUGGCCGGCCCCUGGGAGGGGGCAGGAGUGGGACCUCCCUCUGGAGUGCUGCCAGCCUGCCUGCCGCUCCUGUUCUUCAAAAAGAGGAGUUUUGUGACAACUUUAUUGAGCUAUAAGUCACGUACCAUACAAUUCACCCAUUUGAAGUGAACAGUUCAGUGGUUUUUUUGCAUAGUGAUAGGUUUGUAGACCAUCGUGACAAUUUUAGAAGCUUUUCUUCACUUUAUAAUCCCCACAUCCUUUAUCUGUCAUCUCGCCAUCCUCCCAUCCCCCUGGCAACCACUGAUCUGCGUUCUGUGUCUGUUCCUUUUCCUGGCGGGACGUUUCAUGCAGAUGCAGUCAUACACUGUAGUCUCACAAGGGGUCUCUUUCACUGGGCAUAACGUGCUCGAGGCUCACCUGGGUCAUAGCACGUAUCGGUACUUCAUUUGUUUUUGUGGCCGAAUAACGUUCCGUUGUACGGACAGGCCACAGUUUGAUUAUUUGGUCAUUACUUGAGAGGCAUUUGGGUUGUUUCCCCCUCUUGGUGCCCCUCCUGUUCUUUGUGAUAGAUGUUGCCUCUGGUGGCCCACAGGCCUGUCCAGCCUGCAGCUGUGGGGUGCAGUUUGGCCUGCAUGGCGGUGCUUUAAAACCAUUUGAGCUAACAUGUAAAAACUACAUACCUUUUUUAUUAGCUUUGUUGGGGGAGGAAGCAGGCAGAUGGGCUCAUCUAUCUCCUUUUACUCCUAAACCACUAGAAGUCCAAGGCCUUAUAAGAGGGCUGGGCCCCUUGGGAGCAGGGCUUGGGCAGGGAUCUCCCACAGCUGAAGAUGGAUCUGGGCCUGGUCAGAUGUGGACUGAGGGGACACCUUUCUGAAGGGGCAGCUGGCCCAGAGGCCGGGCAGCAGGCAGCCGGCUGUUGCUGCCGCCCCUGUACACACCCUCCGCCUCCUGCGUGCAGCUGCGGUCCAGGGCCCAGGAUGGAGCACCUGCCAUCCAGCAGUGCCAGGCCGCAGGUGCAGUCUCGCCUCUCGCCCCUGCUUCCUCUCAGCUCAGGCAGGGGGCUCCAGUUUACAGCCUCGCAGGUGCCCUUUAAUGAGGAUGGGGACUUGGUUGCCUUUUCCAGUGAUGAGGAGCUGACAAUGGCCAUGUCCUACGUGAAGGAUGACAUCUUCCGAAUCUACAUUAAAGAGAAGAAGGAGUGCCGGCGGGACCACCGCCCCCUGUAUGCUCAGGAGGCACCCCGCAACAUGGUGCACCCCAAUGUAAUCUGCGAUGGGUGCAACGGGCCUGUGGUGGGAACCCGCUACAAGUGCGGCGUCUGCCCAGACUACGACCUGUGUGCUGUGUGCGAGGGGAAGGGCCUGCACAGGGGGCACACCAAGUUCGCGCUCCCCAGUCCCUCCGGGCACCCCUCCGAGGGCUUCUCUCACAGCCGCUGGCUCCGGAAGCUGAAACACGGGCACUUCGGGUGGCCAGGCUGGGAGAUGGGCCCACCAGGGAACUGGAGCCCGCGUCCUCCUCGGGCAGGGGAUGCCCGCCCCAGCCCCCCCGCGGAGGCAGCUUCUGGUCCAUCUGAGGAUCCCAGCGUGAGUUUCCUGAAGAAUGUGGGGGAGAGCGUGGCGGCCGCCCUCGGCCCCCUGGGCAUUGAAGUGGACAUUGACGUGGAACACGGAGGGAAAAGAAGCCGCCUGAUGCCCACCUCUCCAGAGACUUCCGGCGCCGGAGAGAAGAGCAGCUCUCAGCCAAGCAGCUGCUCUCCCGGCCCCAGCCAGCCGGAGGGGGGCGCCCAGAUCACCGAGCAGGCUCUGGCAGAGCAGAUGAAACAGAUCGAGCUGGAGUCUGUGGGGCAGCCCGAGGAACAGAUGGAGUCUGACAACUGUUCUGGAGGAGACGAUGACUGGACCCAUUUGUCUUCAAAAGAAGUGGACCCGUCGACAGGCGAACUCCAGUCUCUGCAGAUGCCGGACUCGCAAGGGCCAAGCUCUCUGGACCCUUCUCGGGAGGGACCCACGGGGCUGAAGGAAGCUGCCCUGUACCCACAUCUUCCACCAGAGGCUGACCCGAGGCUGAUCGAGUCCCUGUCCCAGAUGCUGUCCAUGGGCUUCUCCGACGAAGGCGGCUGGCUCACCAGGCUGCUCCAGACCAAGAGUUACGACAUCGGAGCUGCUCUGGACGCCAUCCAGUACUCGAAGCACCCACCGCCCUUGUGACCGCUUGCGUCCACCUCUGCGUCCUCCUGUUUGGUCCCAUAGUUGUGUUGCGCUAGUGUAUGACGCAGGCCUC